AUGGAGAAGGACACGGCGGCGAAGGCGACGGCGACUGCGGCGGCGGCGGCGGCGUCGAGGGUGUGCCGGCGGUGCAAGGCGAAGUACUUCCCAUCGGACAACACGCCGCAGUCCUGCAGGUUCCACCCUUCCUUCUUCGUCUGCCGCCGCCACGACGACCAGAAGAGGUACUACGAGCUUAAGGACGGGGACCCGCCCUACGCCGCCAGGUUCUACGACUGCUGCGGCGCCGAGGACCCCGACGCUGCCGGCUGCGCCACCGCCUCCCAUCUCUCCUACGACGACCCGGAGUAG